AUGAUGAACGUACUCCGUUCUAUGUUCGGGGUAUGUAGCAGUUCCGCGGAGAAGGGGGAAGUACAUGAUAUGAUCAAGAAGAUCUUCGGCAAUGAACUGGUGAUGAAAGAUAAUACGGAUAAACAUACCCAAAGAAGCAAAUAUGUGAACUACAUAAGUGAAAAUCUUACCAAAAUAUUGGAUGCAAAGGUAAACAGUUACAAGAUUAAAUCGACUAAGAAACACAACGUAAACGUUACAACCGAGACAGCAGAAUCAAAUGACGAGAGGCCGGGCAGAGUUGGACCAAAACUAGUCGUUUUUGAUGCGUCUACUGGAACUGGCAGACUGGUUCUAGUUGGUGAUGAACGUGUUAGUAUACAAGGCUUAUCAAGUUUUGCAACAAUAAGGGCUACUGCCUGCGUUUUCUCUGGGAAGUGGAUGUACGAAGUACAACUCGGUACUAAGGGAAUUAUGCAGAUUGGUUGGUGUACAUCAUCUUGCACGUUCUCAAUGGACACAGGAGUGGGAGACACUGCUCAUUCUUACGCUUAUGAUGGUGGAAGAGUGAGGAAGUGGAAUGUUGCCACUUCACAAUAUGGUCAAUCUUGGCUUCCAGGGGACGUUAUUGGUUCAUGCAUAGAUUUGGACAAGGGCACCUUAGAAUAUUACAGAAAUGGCGUAUCUCUAGGUCUGGCCUUCGAUAAAGUCGCCCACGGCUCUGGUCUGGCGUACUUCCCGGCGGUGUCACUGGCUAUGCAGGAACACCUUUAUGCGAAUUUUGGACACGUACCAUUUAUCUUCCCGAUUGAAGGAUUCGCUCCACUUCAAGCUCCUCCAAUUCGAGAGUGCAUACGCGCAACUCUGUUAUUUAAAUCACUCGAAGGUUUAAUAGACGAACUUAAUAGGCUUGCCGGUCUCAAGCCACCAGUAACAGCUAAGAUUAGUAAAGCCAAAUCUGACUCUUCGAAGGCUGAAGUGGAAGUGGCUCUUCGUAUCCAUAGCUCAAACUCUAUAUACAGCCCUCGAGCCUCACCGCACAGUAUGGUAGAUGCACAGAGCACAGAAGUCAAGAAGAUGUCGAAAAGAGCGUUUUUAAUGUCACUUGCACGUCUCGUAGUGGCUGAAAUGGGGACGGUACUACGCGUGACAUAUGUGGUUGUGUCAGAACUGCUACCGAGGUUCAGAGGGACACUUGGUCUGAAGAACCGAGGAUUAGGUGUCGACCAAAGUGCUGUUGAAUUUUAUCUUAAGGCGAAGGAAGAUAAAUUUAACGGACUCUCCCAAAAGUUCUUAGCUCAGCCUCAGCCCCGUCUUUGUACUCUUUUGGAUUUACUCUGGACGUUUCUCGAGGAAGCAGCACUGUGUGAUGUGUUGGAACAUUGUGUCGUAAGGGAGUGUCUGCUAUACGACCUUGUGUCGCCGGACAUGAACUUUACACAACAGUUAGAAGGUCUGUAUGUACUCUGUGGUCUGAUGCAACAUCGAGAUACGAGACAUCAUCUCGUCAAAUAUGUUUUCUUCAAUAAAAUAACGUUCGAUAAUUUCCUAAACAUAAAAUGUCCAGACGAGACCGUACUACGAUCGAUCAUCCGAAAGCCUUGGUGGCAACGUCCUACAUCGGUACAAGGAGAAACUGAUCCCCAAAUAGCUGAAAUAGCGGAGAAGGGCAUGACACGUUCCACAUUCGCACCAACUGGGACAGAUAAAAUAUCCAAGCCACCCCCAUCGUCUCCAGAUGAUUCAACCUUAGAGACUCAGUAUAAAGACGAUUGUGAUAAAAUUACAAAGGCCAUCGCUCCUUUAGAGCGUAUACAGUUGGAGUUUCUGCUUAUGUUAUUGGAUAACACAGAUGGUACAACCAUGGUACCAUCUACAAGGAAAAUCUUCUUGGAAAAGUUCAGGAGAUACAUAAUGGAUAAUUGUAUCUUGGAUAUGAGAUUAUUUAAUGUGUCCAGAAACUCACCAGCUAUUUCCUGGUGCUGUCAUGCUCGCCUUCUCACUGCUGUGUUGCGACUAUGGAAUGAAAAUCCUCUGAAUAAUCCGCACUUACCACCUCACAUACCAGCGAGAACAUUUAUAGACGGUGAACUCGAUUUUUACAACGUCGAUCGUCUGGGAGGAGUCCUACCGUUCUUGGUUAGGACUUUACGGCAGGAUUUAAUUCAAGUUCUCGGUGAGGAGAAUCCAUUUAUACAAAGUUUUGAACCGAAUUACAAUAGAGCUGGAGGAAUCGAUACUGGUGUGAAUGAUAUGGCAGCGGGUUCUCCAGGUUUGGCAACGUUACCCCAAGUUAUAUCAUCAAUGGCGCGAUUUAUGCACCCUCCGAUGCCUCCAAUGGCAAACAGCUUAUACUCCAGACCCGCCGGUGAAACAGCAUUGGCCCUUAAAGGGACAAGGUCGACGAUGCCCGGAGCUGGGUGUAUUGAUGUUAGGACGGCUUACUUGAGACUCAUUGAUGGACUGUUAGCAUUGUACCAUGGAAUAGCUAUCAAACAUGCGGAAAAGCUUUGUGAGCUUCGUGAUAACCAACUCGACAUGGCCGAUUGUCUUCACGAUAUUGAACAACGAAUUGUUGCAGUUUCGAACGAACUUCAAGUCGUUGAAGGUGAUUUGUGUACUAAAACUGAAAUGAAUGAAUCAGAAAAAAUAAGAAGACUGCUUACAGAGAAGAUGUUGAGUGAACUGGAAAGAUCUAAAGCGGUUUACGAGGAGAAGUUAGAAGCUAGCGCUCUUCAAAUGGCUUGGGUAAUUGGAGCGAUAUGGACUAAGCAGAGACAGCAGGAGCUCGCAAAGCACUUCACUGGUACUCUUCACUCGUUACGCUACGCUUCAGACCCUGAUUAUGCCGCUCAUGUUCAGGCUACAAGUAAAGAAAUACUACCCGGGAAGAGCUCAAUAUUAGGUGGGGCGAGCUACGCUUCGCUACAGUUGGAAUAUACGUCUAGUUCAGAUCAAAGUCCUCAAACUCCUACUUCGAGGGCAGCCUCACCUCGCACGUGCUCGAAUACACAAAUUGAAAUGAACCCAACCAGUAACAGUCCAGAAUUCUCAGAAUCGCUAUUCGCCUUCGUGCCGGAGUACCAUGUGGACGCAAUGUUGGAAAUUUGUAACACGUUAAGACUGUACAUGCACCCGACAGUUCCAGUCCAGCAAGUGUCAGAAUGGGAGGAACUGGUCGUGUCGUGUGCAGCAUUCCUGUGCUCAGAGUUUGCUGAUCCUCGAAUAGUACUGGCCAGUACUCGUGAAUCCCUCGUUCAGACACUAGCCUCAUUUGCUACACAACCUGCUACUAUGCGAGCUAUCGAAAGAGUACCUUUAAAACAACAAAUGUGCAUGGUCGAAGAACUGGUACGUCCGUAUCAAAAUCGUGCUUGGGCUCAAUCGAAUUGGGUGCUGGUUCGCUUCUGGCACGGUUCAGGGUUCGGGUUUCGACAUCGACAAUGGCCACAUUUGGCUGCCAGGUACGGUGACAGAGAACCAACGGUUAACAAUUUGGGGGCAAAAGUCGACGCCGGAUUAAUGAGCCAAUGUUUCGGUCCGUGUCCAUCGGAAGUAAUACAAGGUCGUAUCAGGGACUACUUGAACGAUCACCAGAAAGAGGCUGCGCAAUUUUUAAACUCGCUUCUCAGUCAGCUGAACUGGGCCUUCUCGGAGUUUUUCACUAUGAUGCAAGAAAUGGAUAGGGUACAAAUAGACGCUCACUUAGAACCACGUCACAUAAAGUUGUGCGCGACUUGCUUCGAUCUCUACCACGGGCUCGCUCGAGCCUUGGAGAUGACCCUUGCAUUAUCGCCGGAGCUUUUGACGAAGUCCGAAUCCAGUGACAAUCAAAACGAACUACUUUUGGGAAGAACGUGUCAGAUUCUAAUGGCGGUUGUAUCUCGGAUUUGCGUUCGAGGUGGUGGUGCUGCUGGCUUCAGAAGACUCGUGGCUCGAGGUCUACCAGAUACGGAUCGAGUGCACUAUUACGUCGCGUUAGCACCAGUGGCCGGGUGUCUGAUUAGAAUAUUAGACCCAAAGUUGCCACAGGAUCACCUGAGUAAAGUUACCAAUUCACUGGUAUCCGAGCCGCUGUUCCGCUUGGACGGGCUCGAGUUUAUGUUGGAGAAAGAUAAAAAUAAAAAUUUCUCCUUCUACAAAUUCCCAGACGAUGUGAGCGCACAAGAGCUAAAUUCCCUGGAAAAGUUAGUCGAGAGAUUACGAGCGGCUCGUGAUGCCCAAAUGACGACAAAGUCGCCGGGCUCUAGUGGGACACAGUCAGACCUACUCUGUACGAUCUGCUAUGCCAGACCUGCGGAUACUGCAUUUAUGCCUUGCGGACAUCACUCUUGCAGGGCAUGCAUAAUGCAACAUCUCCUUAACAGUAAGCAGUGUUUCUUUUGUAAAGCUGAAAUCGAUACUGUUCGAGAAAUUGAGCCUGUUACCGCCUAA